AUACGUUCCGGCAGUGCUAGCUACACCUCUCUCCAGCAAGCUAAGCUUCGUAGAAGGAGUAGCAACUAGAUCGUUAGUGGAGCGAUGGGGCGGUCGCCGUGCUGCGACGGGGAGGCCGGCGUGAAGAAGGGGCCGUGGACAACCGAGGAAGACAAGCUGCUGAUGGACUACAUCCAGGAGAAGGGCCACGGCAGCUGGCGCCGCCUGCCCAAGCUCGCCGGCCUCAACCGCUGCGGCAAGAGCUGCCGUCUCCGCUGGACCAACUACCUCCGGCCCGACAUCAAGCGCGGACGCUUCACCGACGACGAGGAGAAGCUCAUCAUGCACCUCCACUCCCUCCUCGGCAACAAGUGGUCGUCGAUCGCUACGAAGUUGCCGGGGAGGACGGACAACGAGAUCAAGAACUACUGGAACACACACCUGCGCAAGAAGCUGCUCCGCAUGGGUAUCGACCCCGUCACGCACCGCCCACGCACCGACCUCAGCAUGCUCGCAGGGCUCCCGGGCCUCCUCGCGGCAGCCGGUAACUUCGGCGGCUCCGGCGCGGGCACGGCCGCCUGGGACAUGAACGCGCUCAAGCUCCAGGUCGACGUCGCCAAGUUCCAGCUGCUGCAGGGCCUCGUGCGAGCGCUCACCACCGCGGCGGCUCCCGCGCCCGCGCCCGGCAUGGACUACCUCAUGGAGCUCCUCGCCGUCAGCAACGGCGGGCAGCACGGCGGAGUCGACCAGAACAUUCUGCUCCAGCAGUGCCAGUGGAACCACAUGAACAACCUGCCGGCGCUGACCAGCUCAGCGCCAACGAGCGGCAUGCACAACAUCAGCGGCCUGUUCGACGGCUUCAGCGCCGGCGACGGGCUGAGCUCAACGGAGCUUGGGGGCCACGGUGGGGCGAGCUGGAGCAAGGUGACCGUCGAUCCACUGAUGGCCGACGACAUCGAGUGCAAGAACAAUGGCGGCGGCAGCGUGUCCUGCGAGCAGACGCCGGCGUCGAGCCCUUUCGACGGGCUAGAGAGCCUGAACCUGAUGGACGACCUCAACACGGAUGGUGGUUGGAAGGAUUUGCUAGAGCAAAUGCCAUGGCUGAACACAAGUGAGUUGUGAUGGGUAGAUAGAAGAGAUAUGAUCAAGAAUGCCAAAAAUAAUCAGGAAUGGGUACUAAUUGUUGGAUUGGAUGCACAUUUUGGUCGACCAAUACCGAAGAUGUGAAGUUUGUUUAUUGAUAGGGCCAAAAGGUGGUUGAGUCCAGACUUUUAGCCAUGUACAAAAAAAAAAACAGGACAUAUACGCAUGUACACACCACUCACUGCAAUUAGUGUUCAUUUUUGUUUAAUUGGUUAAUUGUUGUUUCCUUUUUUAUGAGGAGGGUAAUAUAUGCAAUAACUAGCUCAUGACAUAAAAUCACUUUCUUUUUUUCCAGACAGCAAAGUAGGUGUGUGACAGUGUGAGUGCGACUAUAUACUCAUUUUUAUUUCUUGACUCUUGCAUUAUGACACAUGAUUUAAUUAGGUAGUAUGAACUUUCCCUUGCGUGAAGAAGCUAAACUCAGGUUGUCAUUUGAUUCGAUUGUGAUUAUUAUUUUUUCCACGAUGUUGGUCUUGUGAGUCCGCAUUAGUCUUCACUGUUAUCAAUCUACCAAUAUGUACUUUGCGACAAUAAUGGUAUGGCUACAUACAUAUGCAUGGUUGCUACUGUGUUUUGAUUAUCUAACUAGAGAAGUUAUAGUUACACUGUGGGUCUUCCAUUUCACAUUAAGGUGUGUUUAUAAUGGCAAAAUUAUAUUUAUGCUCUAUUGAAGAAAAUGUUUCAUGCAAUUUUUAUGUUCAUAUAUAUACAAAAAGGAGAUUAAGGACAGUUGCAUUUAUAAUGUAGCUUCAAUUUAUUUGACAUUCGUCGCUUGACCAGAAGAUAUAGCUAGCUUCGAUAAUUCAUGUGUAUGGGGUUCUCAGUCAGAUCGAGGUUACUUGUUGAAGGAGAAUUGACUAGCAGACACACAUCACUUGCACUAAUUAACCAGCUGGGGGCCUCCAUGAUAUGUAUGAGAUGCAGCAUGCAAACGGUAUAAUACUAUAAAAUGGGUUAGUUCGAGUUGGAGAAGGACGGGUACCGCUCAAGCUGUAGCUUGUCAAAGUGGAGAAAGUUGCGUUAUUAAUCUUCUAGAAUUUGCCCACUAUCGCGACCCAGCAC